UCGUCCUUUUUGAGCAAUUUCCGUUCCUACUUCCCAUUUUCUUCAUGGACAUGGUCUGCAACCUCCAAUGACCAUGGAGAAAGAAGGAGACUCAGUAGCUCCAAAACCCCGAAAGCAAAAAUCUCGAGAAGUGAGCUCUCGGUUCCUCUCUCCCUCUUCAACAUCUUCUCUGGUCGACGCCGCAACCCCAUCUCUGAAUCAAGCUCUAUCUCCCGUCCGGCGAAAGACUGUGUCAUCCGCCAACACCCGGAAGCAUAGGAGCCUCGAAGACUCUGGAUUGGCUCGGGGACUUUGGCCUUCAUUGAGCCCUAGUGCUACUUCUUCUUCUUCUUCUUCUCUGCCGUCGUCUUCUAAUAGUAAACUAGACACUCUUGCUGAUCAUCUGGGAAAUGAGAGACUGAAAGACCUUCUCGAGCGCAAAGACACCGAAAGGUCGUUGAAAAAUGGUGCUUCUUUGUUUUACAGGCAAAGGAGUUGCAGUGAGUUCAAUAGGUUUGAGGACGAAAAGGAAAGCCUGAAAGAGAAUCAUAGGCCAAGCAUUGGAGGGUCUAUGAGAUACACCGGAAAGUUUCGGUUGCCGGGCAAAUCCUCAUCAUCAUCUUCUUCUUCUUCUUCCAAGUAUUCGUCUCCUUCUUCCAGUGUAGUUCCUGGACGGUCUUCCGUCGAUGAAAAAGCUCUUAGCGGGAAAGCAUUUCAGCGAAAAUUUGAUUCUUUUUCAGAUGGGCUCGAUUCAGAGUCUGAUCGGAGUAAUGAUUUUGGAUCUUCAGUGAGCUCUAGAAAAUCCGGCAUUGAAGUUUCCUCCAAAUAUCUGAACGAUGCCUCAACAAAGCCUAGAAGAUGGCCCUCAGAUUCAAACAUCAAUAUCAAUCCAGCAUCAACCGAUAAUAACUCGCCGAGGUUGAAGAAGUUCACCAUCCAAAAUGCAAUCAAGAGGGCGAAUUCGCUGACGGGUUAUGGCAGGGCAGCAUCGCAGUGGGCUCUGUCGCCCGGGCGGACUGGUUCCCAGCCCAUGACAGUGGAGAAUAAAGGAAUACCCAUGUCUUUUUCGAGUCUGAAGCCUCCUACCAGUCCUUCAAGAACCAAAGGUGUGGGGAAUUUUCUCAGUUUGGGGCUCGAACUGUUCAAAAGCAAGAAAUCUUCUCCCAGUACUGGUUCUUCUCUGGCUGGUAAUACAGAGACAGUUCAUCAGUUUCGGCUGCUCCACAAUCGGUUGCUGCAAUGGAGAUUUGUGAAUGCCAGAGCCGAUUCUGUGAAUCAAAACAUAACCAACCAGACCCAGAGCAACUUAAUAUAUGCUUUGGAUAGUCUCACACAGUUGCAGCAUUCUGUGGUACAAAAGAAAUUGCAACUGGCCAGAGAAAAUCUUGAAAUGAAGCUCAACUUCAUACUUCACUCUCAAAUUAGGCCACUGGAAGCUUGGGGAGAUAUGGAGAGGCAACACCUCUCAGCAGUUUCAGUGACUAAAGAUUGCCUGAAUUCUGUUGUUUGUAGGGUACCCCUGAUUGAAGGGGCAGAGGUGAACUCACAAUCAGCUUCCCUUGCACUUUGCCAUGCCCUGGAUCUCGCUGCGUCGAUCAAGUCAAUGCUGGCUACUUUCUCUUCCUCGGCUGGGAAUACAUUCUCAUUGCUUUGGGAGUUGGCAGAGGUGGUGGCACAGGAGAAGUCCCAUUUGGAGGAGUGCUUUGAGCUGCUGAGACUCAUUUCUUCCCUGGAGAUUCAGGAAUGGAGUCUAAAGUGUACUGUUAUUCAGUUGAACUUAUGGCAGCAUCAGGAAGAGAUUGUUUCAUAACUUCUUUCCACUUCAGUCAUAGCCAUGGUUUGGCUCUCUAGACAGAAACUUGGAAGAGAUGAUCAUUAGAGAGAGAGACUGAGAUUAUUGAGAGGUAUGAUUUGUGAUUAUGACUUACAGAAUUAACAUAUAUGUGAUUAUA